GACCUUUUAUGUAAUUCACCUAUUCUUUUCAACAAUCGGACACAGUUGCCAGUAGGCCCAUACUUGCCAGGGGAAACCAGUCGGGUUGUAAAACUCAGGGUGUCGACUCCGCCGGAAAGUGGUGGACGUUGACCUGAAAGCUUUCUGUUAAAAUGGCUAAAAAGCUUAUCAGAUACUCCGUGGUGGAUGCAUUUACUGAUACGGCGUUUAAAGGAAAUCCGGCGGCUGUGUGUUGGUUAGAGGGCAUAGAAAAAGAUGAUAAAUGGUUGCAGUCAGUUGCGGCUGAAUUCAAUUUAUCCGAGACUUGUUUUUUGACUCCAAUCGUCGACGACGCUUCGAAGAACACUAGAUUCCAUCUCAGAUGGUUCACUCCUGUAGCUGAGGUGGAGCUUUGUGGUCAUGCAACUUUAGCAGCCUCCCACUUCCUUUUCGAAUCAGGCUUGGUUAAUUCUAACACAGUUGAAUUCUCAACUCUUUCUGGAAUUUUGACUGCCAAAAAAGUUCCUGAAAGCAGGAUUAAGGACCCAUCAUUCACAGAAAAUGGUGCAGCACAAGCCAAGUUCUUGAUCGAACUGAAUUUCCCUGUUGUAGUAGUUUCAGAUUUCAGUGAUCUUGAGGUUUCAGCAAUUUCUGAGAUACUAAAUGGUGUUUCUGUUGUUGAUGUAAAGAAGAUGGCAUCUGAUGACAUCCUUGUGGUGCUUUCAUCAGGAAAGGAAGUUGCUGAAUUGAUGCCCCGACUUGAUAAGAUCAAAAAAGCACCAGGCAGAGGGAUAGUAAUUACAGGGCUUGCACCUAAUGGAUCAGGCUUUGACUUUUAUACUCGCUUCUUCUGCCCUAAAUAUGGAAUUGAUGAGGAUCCUGUUUGCGGAAGUGCACAUUGUGCCCUAGCAGCCUAUUGGAGCGACAAGUUGGGGAAAUUUGAUUUUCUUGCGUAUCAAGCUUCACCUAGAAGUGGCAUUUUAGAUAUACAUUUAGAUAAGAAGAAUCAAAGAGUACUUCUACGAGGUAAAGCCACCACAGUCAUGGAAGGCUCUCUUUUGGUCUGAAUUAAGAUGAUUCAGAUUGUAAUCAAAUGCCAAAGUGAACUAUUUUCUGUUAUUGCAAUAGUUUUUACUUCCAAGAUGCAUGGAAAUCGUGAAAGCAUAUAUAGUUUCCUGAACCUCUAUGUGUAUGCGGUUAUAUUGUGAAUUUAAGCGUUUGCUAUUAAAAA